CGCUCCAGUCAUCAGAGAGAGUGAGCGAGUGCGCAAGAGGACGGAGAGGCUCAAGGCAGCGGGCUCAGUACUAACGCAGUACAGUCACCACACAGCUGGAGAGGAUAUCCAAGUGAAAGUACCGGCAUCAAAAGGGGGCAAUCAAAACAACAACAACAGAUUUACAACUUCCGACCGACUACACCGACUUUCAGUGCUGUUCCUGUCUCAAGUCUCGGUUCAAACCUGAGAGAUGCUGCGAUGACUCGAGGACUUCCAACAAACUGAACAUAGUGAAGUUGCCCUCAUACCUGGACGAAAGUGUGGUAAUCGGGGAGUACUGGAAAAGCGUCCUCCAAACUUAACAUCCAUGCCAAUCUAAUUUUGCCUUCUUUUGCUAGUUUUUUACAUCUCAGUUUUCCCCCUUUGAAUGUUGUUCCCCUCACUGUGGAUGGUAAACUACAACAAUUUAAAUUUCUUUAAUGGAAUAAGGCUUUUUUCCGAGGAUUGUCUCCUGAAUUGGUCUCUCUCAGUGGCGCAUUUGUGGAUUUUCUUCAGGAUGUUACUGCAUAAGCGGCCCUGGUGUUAUCGGGCCACUUUUCACCCCACUUCUCUUACGCCUGCUCAAAAUUGGGGGUUCAGCUCCUCUUAGGAAUAACAGUUUUGAAACACUCAAACAGCAUCGCCGACAGAUAAGCCCAGCCACAGCUUGCUCGGGGACAUUGAUAUUGGUUAGACUCGCACACCAGGUUACUAUGCAAUUACAAGUGCUCUCCUUUGUUUUGUUCUUGCACUGUAUGGAAUACACUGACAGCCAGCAGCACGCCUCCAGGCACCGGCAACACAAGCAGACUCCUGGAUUGAGCCCAGGCUGUCAGGGAGGGUGUCUGACCUGCUCAGAUUACAAUGGCUGCCUGUCCUGCAAACCCAAGCUCUUCAUCUUCCUGGAGAGGAACGGGAUGAGGCAGAUCGGGGUGUGCCUGUCCUCCUGCCCCAAUGGUUACUUUGGCACCCGCACCCCAGAGAUAAACAAGUGUACAAAGUGCAAGUCGGAUUGUGACUCCUGUUUCAACAGGAACUUCUGCACGCGCUGCAAAGCGGGGUAUUACUUACACCGGGGGAAGUGUCAGGAGAGCUGCCCUGAGGGGCUGGUGCCCAGCAGCACGCAGAGAGAGUGUGUACUCGACUGCGCAGGGGAGUGUGAGACCUGUCUGAACACUGAUACCUGCACCAAGUGCAGACCAGGUCUGUACCUCCUCCGUGGGAAGUGCCAUUACGUGUGUCCCGAGGACUUCGAACCCAACGAGCAGCGCAUGGAGUGCACUCCUCAAGUGCACUGUGAGGUGGGCGAGUGGAGCGAGUGGAGCCCCUGCUCUCGGAGAGGGAAGACGUGCGGAUUCAAACGUGGCGAGGAGACGAGAACCCGGGAGAUCCUGCAGGCCCCCUCCGCCCACAGCGACCCCUGCCCCACCACCUCCGAGAUGCGCAAGUGCGUUGUGAAGAGGAAAAAAUGUCCAGGGAGGCGGAGAGGUGAGCGGAGACACCGGAACAACAGGAAGGAGAAGGAGUCCCAGGACAGCUGGCAGGAGAGAGAGAGGGAGAGGGAGGUGGGGGACCGCGAGGAUGCUGAGAACAGGAACAAGACAGAGCACCGGCGCUCCAGAGGCCAGGACAGAGACCUGACCUCGCCAGCAGGGGGCACUGCGCACUAAUGGCCUUCUGGACCCCCUUACCCCCCCUCACACCCUCACUCUGGGGGUGCUGCUGCUACCUGUAUGUUUUGAAUAUAGACUGUAUAUUCACAUGAGAAGAGGGGCGCCCGACAUUUGGUGGCCAGCACUGAGGUCACCCCCCUCCAGACUGGCCCCGCCCCCUCCCCUUUUUCCUUCCCUUCCUCCAGUCCGGACGGCAAAUCAGAGAGAGAGAAAAUCCCGCUAUUGUGAUUGGCCAGGACUGCACAGAGUGGAUCGGGACUCUGGGGAGCGGAACUCGGAUCUUCCAGGAUGAGCUUGUCAUGCUUGUUAAAGCUGUUAUUUAAAGGGGCUAGGUGCAGCGUCGCGUUGAGGCUUGAAUGUAGGUUUUCGUGACAUUACGUAGAGUUGUUGUUUAGACAUCUAUAACGAUUUCAGAGUAAAUUAAAAAACAGAGCAUGCUCAAUGGCAUCAUCAACAUCAUCUACAGAGGAGAACAGAUUCUAGGACUGCAUGUGGAUUGAUGUAUAUGUGUAUGAGGUAAUAGAAAAGUGGUUGUUUUUUUUAUUUCAUGAACAAGAUGGAGGCACACAGUGCUUCUCCCAGUGUCUUUUUGUAUUUCAUCUUUGUUCAGUUGCUCUCGAGCAAGGAGCUUGGUUGCCUUUCAUUAUCAAUAGGUUCUGUGCUUUCAGUGAUGCCACCUGACCAGAAAAGCCAGUGAACAAUUCA